AUGGUCGAAAAAUGUUUAUUCUGAUAAAAAUCGAGAUUUUUUGAGUUGCGUACCCCCAUAUAGAAAGAAAAAAACGGCAUAAUUUCAAAAAUUCCAUUUCCAGGAUUUUUCAGGAAAAAAAAACAAAAGCGAAAAAAUGAUGAGAGAGUGCGAUUUGCUGAAGAGACCGAUGAGAGAUAGAGAGAAAACGAGAGAGUGUGUGGAGUGUGAAGUGUUGGCGCAAUAUGCGUUCGGGAGACCAUGGCAGGCCAUUUUUGCUUUCAUUUCCGUUUUUGGUCGUUUCUUUAUUAUUUUUUUUCUGAAUAAUAAUCUUAUUUAAUCGUAUUUUUCUUCAACAAACUCCAUUUUUUCAGAUAUCUGCUUCAAAAAACGUGUAACUCAACAACAUUGGGUAUAUUCAAACGUGACCCGAUUAUUUUCAAGUGAGUUGGCAUUAAUUUUUCAAAAAAGCGUCAUUAUUUUAUUCAGAAAUGCCAGAAAAUACCCGGGAAAAAGCAAUUUUCGGAAAUUUGUUUGAUAGUCAAUUAUUUGAGUUAGAUAUUUUGGUAAGAAUUAUCAAAACUGCUUCGAACGUUCAUUUUCACUGUUCUUUUUUUUUUCAGAAGUCGACAACAAGUUGCAUAGGAAUGGUCAAGAAAAACACUUAA